AUGAUCGUAAUUGCAACAAUCAUCGCAACAAUUGUAGUGCCGAUUGUUGAAAGUGCAUCAUCAUGUCCGUCAGUGUGUGUAUGUAAAUGGAAAGGUGGUAAACAAAAUGUUGAAUGUGUGAAUCGAGCAUUAAUAACAAUACCAGAUUUUGUGGAUCCAGAAACACAAGUGUUAGAUAUGACUGGUAAUAAUUUACAAAUAUUACCACGGGAGAUAUUCAAUCGUGCCGGAUUAUUAAAUUUACAGAAAGUAUACUUACGUAGUUGUCGUUUAGGACAAAUCGAUGAUCAAGCAUUUAAAGGAUUAAAAAAUUUAGUUGAUUUAGAUUUAUCAUAUAAUUUAUUAACAGCGGUACCAUCGGCCACGUUUGAUUAUAUACCGUUGUUGCGUGAAUUAACAUUAUCAAAUAAUCCGAUAUCGAAAAUUGAAAGUUAUGCGUUUCGAAAUGUGCCUGGUUUAGUGAAAUUGGAUUUAUCUCAAUGUGAAUUACAAACAAUUGCACCGCGGGCAUUUGAAGGACUUGAUUUGUUAGAAACAUUAAAAUUAAAUAAUAAUAAAUUAACAGAGUUACAACCACGGACAGUUGAUUCAUUAAAUCGAUUGCAUCGUGUUGAAUUACAUGAAAAUCCAUGGAUAUGUGAUUGCCGUUUACGUGCAGCGAAAUUAUGGUUAACUGAUAAUAAUAUACCAUAUCCUGUGCCACCUGUUUGUGUAGGUGGUCCAGAUCGAAUUUUACGACGAACGUUUGCUGAGCUACGUGUUGAUGAUUUUGCAUGUAAACCGGAAAUUCUUCCUGUCAGUAGAUAUAUUGAAACUACGACGGGUGCAAAUGCGACAGUGGUGUGUAGAGCAGGCGCUGUGCCUGCGGCAAAUGUCAAUUGGUAUUGGAAUGGACGUUUAUUACAAAAUAAUACCGCAUUUAGUUCAUAUCAAAAAAUUUAUAUAUUUGAAGAUGGCCAUUUCGAAAAACGUAGUACAUUAAUAUUAACGAAUGCCCAAGAGACUGAUUCAAGUGAAUUUUAUUGUGUUGCUGAAAAUAGAGCUGGUAAUGCAGAAGCAAAUUUCACACUGCAUGUAUCAAUGCAAACAGCUGGCAUGGCAACAUUGGGUAGUAGUCAAAUUGUUGGAUUGAGUGCAGCACUUGUUAUACUUAUUCUUUUUAUAUUGCUUAUUAUCCUUGUAUUGCUGGUUCGACUACGACGUAUGCCUACUGUUGAAACUAAAACACCAGGUCAAUUAGAGGUAGUCACUGUUGUACAUCGUAAUGGUGGCACCACAACAAUGAAACCUGUUACAACUCCAAUUGAAUCCUCCUCUUUCGCUGACCAAAAGCUAGGGGUUAAUACAAAUGAUAAUAAUAAUCCCAACUGUAAUCCAGUGCAAAAACCACCCCGACUCACUGAAUUAUCGUACACAACUGCUAACUAUAAUGGCGGUGGUAGUAUCAUGAAUCCAGGUACAUGUGUCGUAUCACCUUCAUCAACAUCAGGAAAUAAUCCAGAUUUAAUAAACGAUACAAAGCGUGAGGAUACUGAAACAUCACAUGGUGUAAUGGAAGCAGAAUCAGAACGACCUGGUAGUGGUGAGUAUCGCAAUGUAUGCGAAUCCUUAUAUCCAAGUGGAUUGUGGGAACAGCCGUUAGAUGGCUCAACAGAUAAAUACUUACAACGAAUUAUUAAUAAUUCAUCUACACCUGGUUACAGUUAUGAUGACAAAACACCAAUCAUUGGGGAGGCCAUGGGGAUGAGUGGCAUUAGUAGUGAUGAUCCCGACGAAUGUUUCGAACAACAACAGCCACAACAUUCAAUUAUAAAUAAUAGAGUUCAUCCAGCGGCAACGAGUACAGCAAGUAGUGGGCAUUAUAAUACGGCAGCAUCAGGAUAUCCACCUGAUUAUGGUUUACCCAUUAUUCCGGGUGGUGGUGAUCCAAAUGGUCCAGUACCUAUGGUACCGCCUCACGUACAAAUGCCAACAAAUGCAAAAACGUUGCGUGUUUGGCAAAAAGGUGGUGUACCAGUAUUACCCCCAGUAACAGCGUUAAAACGGGCGUUAACUAGUAGUAGAAAUUCUCCAGAUGAAGGUUAUCAGGAGGGCUAUGGUACUGAUGUGUAAAAACAAUAUUUUUCAAGAAUUCUCCAAGUUGUAUUUAAGUUAUACCAAAGAUAUUUUAAUGUUCCUCUA